AUGGUUGAUGAUACAGACAUUAUCACAGAUGAUCAUGCUUCUGGCGAAGACCAAAUACCUCUGUUGGACAAACAGUACUAUCCAAAGAUCUGUUGUUUGCGAAGUUCUGAUAACGGGCAGCUUUCCCUGCCACAGUAUGAUGAGAAAGAUAUCCUACAUGAAGGAUACCUUAUCGAAGCUCUUCUUGCUACAGCAGUGCAUGAAGGAAACAUGCAGAUGGUCCAAUACAUUGUGCAGAAGACCAACACGGCCAUUACCAACAGACUCAUUAUGAUGGUGAUGCGAUUGUUACCGAAGAAAGAUGAUGUUUGUCAUGAGAAUUCGAUGGAUGCAUUCAUGUAUCUUCUCGCAAGAACGAACGAUCUAGACAGUAUCGACGACGAGGGCCGUAACCUCCUCCAUGUGACGGCUCAAAAUGGUUGUUUCUUCAUGCUGCAUUGUUUGAUUGCCAAAGGAUUUGAUCCAACAGUGAAAAAUAUAAGAAACGGGUGGAAUGUGUUUCAUUAUGUGGCUUUUAAUGACGAUGAAGAUCGUACUGAAGAUAUAUUGGAGUUCUUAUUGAUCAAAGUCGAUAUGAAUUGGUUCCAUGAUUUGGACCGUCUGGUCGAAACAGAUAAGGAUGCGCCAAAUGCAGAUACAAAUCGAAACACACAAAGCGCCAAAAAGCUCAACAAAGAACAACAUUCUCUGUUAGCCUUAUUCGUUAUAUUGAACAUAGAAGGCUUUACUAAUCUGUUGUGCGAUCAGGAACAACAAGAAGCUUUUCGAUGCAUACGAGAAGUUGCUCAGGGCAAUGAGAAAAGUGAUAUCAUACUAACACUUCUUGGAUAUUCGCCAACAAACAUCGUAUGA